AUGACCUCACGAGACCACCAACAACAAUCACAGGGUCACGCCCGAACGCCGUCAGUUAAUACCAAUAACCCCUUUAGACGCCGCGCUGCUGGGGGCUCUACAUCCGCGCCGCUCACGGUGACAGUCCCGGUUGCGGCGGGGGUUUUUGAUGAGUGGGAUAAGGAGCCGGAAGUAACAUCGUCUAUACCGACGACGACAGAGCCAUAUCGAUUUCCCUCUGCCGCAGCGCAAGGUACAGCAGAUGGCCAUCCCGUUCGAUCCAACGCCCCGCCUGCUCCUCCUCCUCCUCCUCCUCCUCCUUCAUCGAGUUUCCGCAAGGAAGGAAAGGUCGUGAAGAAGGUUAGGGUGCAGUCACCGCCGCCUUCGUCGCGUGAGGAUUCGGAGGGGGAGGAUGCAGGGCCGAGCGAGGGACAUAAAUCACAAGGGAGGAAUGUAACAUUGGACGAAAGGGGAGAGGAAGAUCCAUUCGAAUCUGCGGACAACGAAGGUGAUCAAGUAUACUGCUCAGACUACGAUAAGGAAGAUGGGACCAAGCCGCCGCCAAAUCCGUUCCAAAGGACAUUACAAGAUUUAGAAAGAGAGACGGUGAAGAAAGAGGGGGUGAAUAAUACGCUGGGGCAAGAAAAGAAGGCUACUUUGGAUGUCCAGGCAUUCAAGAAGUUGUUGCUGACUGGGAAGGUUGACAUCCCUGAGUCUGAGACGGCACAACAGCAACAGGGGCCGGGAAUGCCACCGCGUAACCUGGCCAGUCAUGAUACAACACUGUCGAUUGCCCACGACUCACCACGGGCUUCGCUCGAGGGGACAGGAGAGGGGGAUGAGCGCCGGGGUCUCGUCAGCCAGUCACCCGUACCACAGCCCCACCCGACACCAACCGCACCGCCGAAAAAGAAGCCCCCUCCCCCGAGCUCACGACAUGGGAGGUUAAUACGUCCUGGGACAGAAUCAGAACCAUCGCCGACUGGACCGGAGUCUACCCUUGGGACAGUUAAAUCUCCCCCGCGCCCACGACUCGGUACCUCGGCGGGGCCAGACGUCUACGUCAACAAGUCCCCGCUGCCGCCACCAAAGCGCUCUCCUGCUGAGGAGGAAUCAGAGAGCGCGUACAACCGGCGGGCUGCCGGGAAGGUACCUGAACCGGUUGUCGAAGGCGGCCUGGGUAUUACGCAGAUUACGCAGAGCCCAGCUCCGGCUACACCCAGUCCUGGGGUGCCAACGUCGCUAUCGCAUCAACAAACGCAGGCCCUGAAUACGAGCUCCAACGCGAAGAAGCCCGCUCCUCCUCCACGCCGACAACCGGGACAUUCUCGCUCAGAAAGCCGUACCACAUCAACGUUGCCCAUCUCACCUACCACACUCGUACCAGGGCCGCAGGCUCAGCAGCAGGAUGAUGCCGGCGACAGUCUACGCCGCGCAUCAAUGGACUCCAUCCUCUCACGCUCGUCCAGUCUACGCGUGAGUGUCAGCGGCGCAGCACCGCCUGCCCCGCCUCCACCUCGGAGAGCGAGUCACGUCCCAAAGGGGUCGGUAUCUCUCUCCGUACCCGGGACUGCCCCAGGCGCCGGGCUAGAUGGCACAGCAGAUGCUCCGCUAACACCCGGAGGACUGGCCGAGGCCCCAUCCAUCGUCGCCGGUUUAAACACCAACCUCGCUCCUGUAGGAGUCCCCCCUCGGCCGCCGUCAAGACAACAACACCUCCGUGCCCCGAGCAUAGCCAUCAGCCCUACUUCUACCAUCACCAACAACGGAAAAUCGGCUCCUACGCCACCGCCUCCCCCUCCGACGAGGCAUUCCUCGGUGAGGGCCAAACGCCCGGGGAGUAGUAGCUCCAAUGCUGCGACCCCCGGUCCACAGGUGACAGAGAGGAAGGGAAGUACAGCAGGAUUGCCGAUGACCCCGCCACCUCCCCCACCACCGCCGUCGAGGAGGAGAGGGACCGCCUUGGGGUCUGUGUCGUCAAUUGGGGGAAUGGUUUCUCCGACGUCGGGGAUUGCACUUACGCCGAAGACACCGCCUGGUGCCGUGCCGGGAGCAACGACGACACCUCCGACGGGUGCUGCGACCGGCGUCCCGGGAGCGGGUACGACAGGGGUGAACGGUGUCGCGGUGGAGGAGGCCAGUUCGAGGUUAGCUGUUUCAACAGCACGAGGUGAAGUAGAAACGGGCAGCGUGGAUUUUGAAGUGCCGGAGUCGGUUGCGGGGGAUUUGCUGGCAGAUUUGAGUGAGUUGCAGAGGGAGGUUGAUGCGUUGAGGGGGAAGUUGGGGACUUGA